CGAGCGCCGUGGUCACGCCCAGCGCAGGCAUUAGCGCCCCCCGGUGCGGGGCGCGGGUGCCCGGGCAUCCUCCGGCGCGGCGGCGGUGGCUCCGGCUCCUCCCUCGCCGGCAACGCGGAGCGGCUGCGAGCCUGAGCCGGGCGCUGCGCUGCUGGGCAGCGCCAUGAAGCCGGCGGUGCUGGAAGUAAUGAGGAUGAACCGGGUGUGCAGAAUGGUCCUGGUCACUUCAGUGGGCUCCUUCAUCCUCGUCAUCUUCUAUUUCCAAAGUAUGUUGCUCCCAGUAAUGCGUAGAAAUCCAUUUGGGAUGGACAUUUGCUGCCGGAAAGGAUCCAGAAGCCCACUCCAGGAACUGUAUAAUCCCACCCAGUUGUCCAACACAGCCAUUCUCCAUCAGAUUAGACGAGACCAAGUGACAGACACGUGCCGAGCAAACAGUGUAUUGAGCAGGAAGCGCCGUGUGCUGACACCCAACGAUCUCAAACACCUGGUGGUGGAUGAAGAUCAUGAAAUGAUCUAUUGCUACGUCCCUAAAGUGGCCUGCACAAACUGGAAGAGAGUGAUGAUGGUUUUGACGGGAAGAGGCAAAUACAGCGAUCCAAUGGAAAUCCCGGCCAACGAAGCCCACGUGUCUUCAAACCUGAAGACCCUCAACCAGUACAGCAUCCCAGAGAUCAACCACCGCUUGAAAAACUACAUGAAGUUCCUCUUUGUUCGUGAGCCUUUUGAGAGACUGGUGUCAGCCUACAGGAACAAGUUCACCCAGAAGUACAACACUUCCUUCCACAAGCGCUACGGCACCAAAAUCGUGAGGCGCCAGAGGAAGAAUGCGACCCAGGAAGCUCUGCGUAAAGGCGACGAUGUGAAAUUUGAAGAGUUUGUGGCCUAUCUCAUCGACCCGCACACCCAAAGAGAAGAGCCCUUCAACGAGCACUGGCAGACUGUGUACUCUCUCUGCCACCCCUGCCACAUUCACUAUGACCUCAUAGGAAAAUACGAAACGCUCGAAGAGGAUUCGAAUUACAUUCUCCAGCUCGCAGGAGUCGGCAACUACCUGAAGUUCCCCACCUAUGCAAAGUCAACGAGAACUACUGAUGAAAUGACCACAGAGUUCUUCCAGAACAUCAGCUCGGAGCACCAAACGCAGCUGUAUGAAGUCUACAAACUUGAUUUUUUAAUGUUCAAUUACUCAGUGCCAAGCUACCUGAAAUUGGAAUGAGGGACGGGUUGGGGGGAGAGAGGGGAGAGAAAGCCUGUUUUAUUUAAGAUUUUUAUUUGUCAUAAUAAAUAUGGAGAGUGGGUUAUUUUGUAAAUUAAUAAUUUUCUUUCUUUUUUUUUUUGUUUUUUGAAUGAUGCUGCGAGCAGCACAGUCAAAAUUAUUUAAAUCAACUGUAAGAAAGGACAGCUCUCUUUGCAGGGUAACAGGAUUGUGAUGAUCUAGCCGUAGAAAGGAAUAAUACUGCUACGCUAUUGAAAAAAACCAUUAAUUGUGUUUUGGUGAAUUUCAUUGAUCUUGCGUUCCUCAAAUUCUAAUUAAUAUUAUUUAUGCUUAUUUAAAACAUGGUCUCUUGGGAGGAAUUACUGUAGCAACAGAGGUAAGAUAACAUUUGGACAAAAGGAAUUUGGUUUUAUUCUUCCUUCUGUUGAGCUUUUCUCUGGAUAGUAAUAUUUUUCUGUUAGCCUUUCAUGCAGGUAAAUACAGGAGUGGUUCUUGAUACCACAUAUCUUGAGAAUAACGAUGGAAAUAAUUACUUUAGGAAGUGAUACUGCACUUAAACGUACUAUAAAGCUGUCUUUCUAUCCCUGAAAGGGAAAAAUAAAACUGAUUUUCAUAGAUACAUGAUCUCUAAACUGAUCUCUAAACCCUCAAUUACAAGAAAUGUGAAUGUAGUCCUUAGGAAGAGAAACCAUGAACUUUUUAAAAAAAAUCUGUACUGAAUCGUUUUAUCAAGACUUGAUGAGUCCCAUUGUCUCGUAAUUUGAAGGCUGCCCACCCAAAUGAAUGCGGAUUUGCAGAUGGCUCCAUCUGAAAAAUUGUCACUUUGAAUGUGAUCGUGGAGAUAUUUGAAUGCCCAAAGCAACUGGCGUUCACUUAAUUCAUAUCCAAGAUGGGGGAUUUAGGGAGCUCCAGCCUCUAGAAGUCGUGCCUCCUCCUUGAUCUUAAGACGGGCAACCAGAAUUGGCUAACAUGCUCAGGAGCCACCAGUCAUGAUGUGUUGCUAGAAAGAAUGCAGGCAUGUUAUUUAAAAAAUCAGAAAGUCAUCUUUGUGUUGAUCUCUAAGCAGGGCAAUAAAAUAGGUCUCCAAGCUUCCGACAUGCUGGUUUCAUGGCUUUUUCCUAUGGGGAAAAGGAGAAUCUUCAUUUUUCAGUUGUCACUGAAUACGACAGGAGUGUUUCUAGUUUCCCGUCGGUCAAUAUUUUGUCUAAAUCAGGUCUAGUGUUAGAACAUGGCCUUCUUAUCUAAGGUGAACAUCUCUGUGGUGGUUGUUUCGCUUGCUUUAAUGCAAUGCCAGUGAGAUGUGUGGCCAUGAGGGCAAUAGGAGGAGGGCUGGGAUCUGCUUUGGAGCCAACAACAGGUGUUUGGAGCAGGAAGGGGAGGCUUUUUUCCAGUGACAUGGGCCAGCAGCAUGCUGCUUGGUCCUCAGGGCUGCAGCCUUUGUCCACACCACCAGGCAAACUACAGCUCUCCUAGAGACAAGGGGUAGGUUUGAUUUUGCAAGGCUUUGUUUGCAUGGGGUUUUGUUCAGAGAACAAAAGAGAAGCGACUGGCGGAGGUUUUAGUCAAGACAUUUAUGGGAACCUAAAAUCUGUUCUAAGGUCGUUUGUUACAGUGGGGGUUUGCACUGUCUGCAUGUCUGUCUUCUUUAAUCACACCCAACACUUCCAAAAAGAAAAGCAGAUUUAGGUAAACUCAGCUGGAGCCAGAGCCUGGCAGGCGCCCUGCACAGCAGCUGAUGAUGGCUGCUGAGUUACACAGCCCCCAGGACACCACAUGGUUAAAGAAGUGACACAGGUCUGUCUGAUUUUGCAAAAACAAGUCACUGAGUGGAUCUCAGUGACGAAUGAGUGAACACAGCAAACAGCAGCAGAACUCCUUUUGCAAUUGUGCUUGCUCUUACCCAGGCUUCAGGCCAUAUUUAUCAUGCCCUCCAAAAGAAUCUCUCACCCACCCUGCAGCAGUUUUUGUAGCCCAGCUCCUGUUUAUAAUCCCAUUACUACGAAUGGCCGGCAGAGCGCUGGCUGCUGGAUCCCACAGCUCUGAAUUCCUGAGUGCUUUUUGAUCGCUUUACUUCAUCAAGUGCUGCUUGAUGAGCAGCGCUUUAUUUGAAAGCAGUUUUGUCUCAUUUCGAGUACGUGGAGCUGUUGCAAGUGCCUAUCUCAGUGUGCCCCGUCUUUCUUUUGGCUGUAGUUCAGUGGGUAUAUGUUAAAAUAUAAUACAUCUGUACGAGGGUACAUUCUCCUUCCCCCAGUAUAUCCUGCAAGCAGUUUGUGUGCUUGUUUGGUGUUGUAUCUGUGGCCGCGAAUAAUUUUGUCCAAUUUUCUUAGCUGUCAGCUACUCCAUUUCAACAGAAUAUGAUUUCAAUUUUUUGAUUUAGGAAAAAAGUUACUUUAGAAAGUAAAUGUGUUAUAAGCAGGACGCGCUGUCCCCCUUCUUAUCUUACUUGCUUUGCUCUCAGCACCAUGUUUUUAUCUGUUUUUAAAUGUUCUCUUUAGCAUUCACCAUUGACAUUGGGAGACACAGAGAAAACAACCCCAGCUGGCAGCUCUGAAAUUUGCAGGUGAAGAGGCCUGUUCAGCUCUGAGGGCUGCCGCUGUUGGAGCCGGCCUUGGUCACCCUGCAGAGCCCUCUGGGUUCUGGGCCCUGAAACGGCCUCUGCACAGCCAGGAGAGGUACUUAAAGACCUCAUGCUUUCUGAAAACCCCAAUCCCAAACCGCUACAAUCAAUGUAACAUGGUAGAUCUGUUCUGGGGUGCUUUGAGUUGGACAUUCCUGUUUAAAUGAAGAGCUGGCGCACUGGGUAUGACCUCGUCCUGCCUGCUGAACACAAAGCCCUCAGCAGGUCAAAGGAGGACCACAGAUGUUAACAAAUUUAGCUGGGGUAGGUUUUUUUCAGACUACUGGGUGUUCUGUUCUGACUGAGCCAAAAACAAUCUCUUUCCCCUGCCCCCACAUAGGAGGAAGCUCAGGACUACAACUCCUUGUCACGGUGAGGUGGCGGCCACCUCCUUCAGAGAGGAGCCUGGCACUGGGCUGCUUUCACCCCCUAUGUUCACUGGGUCUCCCAGCUGGAGGAGCAGAGGGUCUGAUCUGCUCCUGAAGUGCCACCUCCUUCUGGAGCUCAGUUUUGCUAUGGCCACAGCUGGUCCCAGGAGAUGAGCAGGCAAAAUUCAAACCACAGAUGUGUGCAGGAGGUCUCAAGGACCAGUUAGGGAGAUGCUGUUUUGGAAGGAGGUACUGCCCAGGGAAAUGGUGGAGUCACCACCCCUGGAGGUACUCAGGAACCCGUGUGGAUGUGGCACUGAGGGACGUGGUCAGUGGGCAUGGUGAGGGUGGGCUGGCAGCUGGAUUAGGUGAUCUUAGAGGCCUUUUCCAACCUUAAUGAUUCCAUGAUUCUGUGAUCAGUUGUGGUCAGGUAGUGGUGAACAAAGAGAGGAACCAGCAGGGACAGUCCCACCUCUGCCACCAGCUCCCUCAGAGCCUGGGCCAAGGAGCAGCCAUCCCACAGCCCCUUCCCUGGCACCGCUCACCCCAGACACCUUAACCUGAGUUCAGCCCAUCCAAACACAGCGGUGGCUCCAGGACAUGGGGUCCCAUAAACCUGACUCCUCCCAUCCUUCAGCCUCUUCAUGUACCAUGCCCAUUGUCACAGAAACUUGCAAACUGCCUGAACCACGCGCUGCAUAAGACAAGUGAACUAAUUCACGAGCUGAAGUGCUUUUAGAAAUUAACCCCAGAUGUCUUAGGGUUUCACUGUAGUCUGCUGCACUUUUCAGGUACAAAAAGGGACUGUCCUUACUAUUACUCUUGUUACAGAGAGUGUUAUUUUCUUACAUGCAUGCACAAUACAAUGUGUACGAAUAAUUUAACAUCAAUGUGGGGUUGGAUUUUUUUUUUUUUUUUACCUAUUU